CACUACACUAUAACACACACACUGCACUAUAACACACACACACUACACUAUAACACACACUACACUAUAACACACACACUGCACUAUAACACACACACUACACUAUACACACACACUGCACUAUAACACAGAAUUAAUAUAUUGUAAAUCUUUUUACAAGCUUGUACUACAUGGUCAAUGAGUCUGUGUGUGUGUGUGUGUGUGUGUGUGUGUGUGUGUAUUUGUCAGUGUUUGUGUACUUGAUAUCAGCUUUGGAGGUGGGCAUUGUCUGCAAGCCGUUCUUUACCUGUCUUUCAACACCACACCAAAUGCUUGGAGGAGUUCUGGGCCUGCUGUAUACACUCGCAUGGUUCAUUGUGCAGCUUUGGAAUAUAUUCCGGUGUAGGGGGUCAAUAAAAUAUGAUAAAGGGAGCAUUGAGGAGUUUAUUCAGCAGUACGAGUGGUUAUAUGAUGUUCCACAUUUACUGUCUUUGGGGUUCCUGCUGUUCCGAUUCGGCUUCAUGAUAGUGAAGGACGUCCUGAUCCGUCUGAAGAAACACAGCAAACAGAAGGAAAUAAAGAAACAUCAGUACAGAUAUGUUCAGAGAUUACUGAGACGGCCCGCUGAAGCGUCCGUGGAGAGAAGCUGGUUCCAGAGGAAAAUGUACAAAUCGGAUCCGUAUUUUAAAUUCCCAAACAGGAUCAUCUCCACCGUCGUGCUCUGUUUCCUCGGAGUGUACCUGAUUAUGUUAUUGGAGCAGAUCACGUCUACAUGGUGUACUAAGUAUAUAUACAGAGAAUGGCCGAAUUACAUAAACAUGUUGGUAAAUGAUUCACCUUGGACCGUACACCUGAACUACGCAACAUACACCUGGUACAUCACGUCGGCGUGUGCCAUGCUGUUGUCUGUGAUUCACAUUAGUCAUGUGAUGGUGUAUUACAGGUAUGAAGCAGUGCACAUUUGGAUGGAUUUCGGAUAAAUUCGUAGGAGAGGUGUAGUUUAUUUGUUUUCAUUCGUGAAACAGGGAUGAAACCCUAAAAUGAACCCCUAAAACCCACGCACUUUUAAGGCUUUAUGACGAUGGAAGU